UCUCGGCUUGUAUAUGUGCAUAAUAUUUUGACAUUAUUACAAUUUAUUAAAAUUAUAAUUUAUUGUUCCUGAAGAUGAAUCGUCUGAAGUUUGAAAAUACUGAAGUGAUUAACGUGUUGUGACACUGAAUAUAAUUAUGCAAAACAAUAUAACUAUUCUUUUAUUAACAUUAAUUACAAUGGGGACACUUUCGGAAGUGUCAUGUGACAGCAGGACUCAUCGAAUUAAGAGACGAAUUGUGUUCAUCAAGGGAAGCAAGUUCUUUAUUCGUCUGAACUUCAAGGCCAACACUCUUCCCUAUACGGCAGUCUUCGCCUAUGCUGCAGGUUACAAAUUAAACUUUGACCUUCCGGAAGACGCAAAGACUGGGCCAUUCCGUAUUCAUCGGAGAUCCCUUUACGAGAAUUUUGAAACGAUUAUAGAUGAAAACGGUCUCAACGGGAGGGUGUGUGUGCUGAGGUUUCUGUGUGAAGCAUCUCAGUUAGUGAUCCCAACAGACACCUUGUUCCAGAAACUGCUGAAACUCAUAUUCACGAUUCCAGAAGGAGCGGAGCAUACUGUCCUACCUUAUUACGCGGAGGAAGACUGCAAUAAGAUGGCCGACGAGUGUCCGAUUUCUUUCCUGCAUAUCAUGAAUCUCAAACCGAGCGAACAAAUGUAACUUGCCAACUGUAAUUACAUGUUUUUUUUAAAGUUAUGUAUCAAUAACAAAAUAAAUAU